GUUGACAUGUUUGAAAGAGAGGCCUUCCACCGUUCCACGUAGCUCUUGAGAGUUGAGACUUGAGAGACCCCCAAAAAAACCAGGCGUGUGUUCUCUUCACUUCCUCCACCCUUGUUCUUCAAUUCCUCUUUCUCUUUCUCUUUCUUUCCCUCUUCUUCUACAUUCAAAAUACAUCUUUUCUUCUUCAUCUCCAAUUACAAUAAUAAUUAGUAUGGGACAGGCAUUACGUCGAGCAACUGGUAAACUGCGGAAUACGAAUAUAGAUACCUCAUCUUCUGCUCCUUCUCCAAUCCAACAUUCCUUUGAUCGAGCAGCGAAGCCAGUGUCUUCCGGUAACAAUGUUCAAAUUAACAAUAAGGAUUUUCCUUCAGAUCGUAAUUCUACAAGUAAUGCUCAAGUUUUGGAAGAGAGAGAUCCAACCUACGAAGUUAUGCUUAGUCAAAUGGCGGGCAAAAUCAAAACUAAACCUGGAGGCAAGCUCGAAAUGGGCGAGGCUUCUGUGGUUCAGAAGACACAGAGGCCCUUGCCAAGAAUACGAAAUACUAGUCCUGAUGCUGGACGUUAUGAAGAAAGGCCUGUUGCCGCAGGAACGUUAAAUGUGGCUCAGCUCCGCCACAUAAUGCUUCUACAUAAAGGGAAGGAUGUUGAACAGGACAAGCAGCUGGGAUUGAAAGAGGUUGCUGAGAACUUUCGAGUGGAUGCUGUACAGCUUGAAAAGGUUUUCAAGUAUGUGUCCCUGCCACCUGAGAAUAAUACUAGCAGAAAGACACAUGAGCUUGAGGACUGAUUUUCCCUUCUUAAUGGUAUUGCUUGUUGAAGAAGUGAUUGUUUUUCAGAAUACAAUCUCUUAAAAAAAGUACUUGCAGAAUAUUUGGCCGUAUCAUGAAAUAGUAUAGUGAUGAAAAUUUUGUAAGAAACUGUCUGGUUUUGCUAACAAUUUGUAACACCACAAAUAUCUUCCUGACUUCGCACACAAAUAAAUAAAAGAUCAAGUAAAGAGCUAGUAAAUUAGCCAAAGAAAAAGUAAAGAGCUAGUAUUCUUGGAGUUGGUAGUAUAUGAUCCAGAAUCAUUUGAGUUUGUUUGA